ACUCCAUCUUCGGCGGCCCGCAAAACAGUCGAAGUUCAAAUUUUGAACUGCCGGAGAGUUGAACGCGAACGCACGUCAGGACAUUUCCGCCUCCAGCUAAGGCAAACUAGCAUGUCUAGACUGCCCGUCAUGGCGAGCAAGCGAGUUCUCGCCAGCACGGAAAACUCUCAAAUCUCGCAGCCUCUUCAGAAGAAGUCCCGCAAGGAGCCUGGGGCCCCGAAAACGCAAUCUGCUGCCACGGUCUCGGGCACCAGGCGGGCACCCGUAGCAGCCACCAGGCCCCCCCUUUCAAGGCCGACCCGAGCCGUCGGCGCCGCAACUGUGGCCGGCGCUCCCUCCAGAGGUGCCUUCAAAGCACCCGUGGCAUCGAGCGCGGCAAGGGGAGGCAAAAUGACAGCAGGCGCAGCCCCCACGGACACAAAAGCGGGUGGCGCCGACGGGCCGACUCGCAGGCUCCCCUGGGACAUGAAGGGCAAGGUCAGCGACAUGAAAGGAAAGCUCCAAGACUACAGGGGCAAAAUGAAAUCAGUCACCCAGGAAAAGGAGGACCUGAAGAGCGCCCUGGCUGAGUCCCAGUCCAGACUGGCUCAGGCGGAGAAGGACCUCGGUGAAUACCAGGAAAAUCUCCAGGCCCUCCUCGGAAUCCGGGAGGAUUUGGAGAGGGUCAGCAGCGAGAAGGCGACCCUGCAGGCGGAGCUCGGAAACCUGCAAGAUAAGCACAGGGUGAUGGAGACGCUGCGGGACAGUCAGGAGACGGAACUGCAAACCCUCAAGAUGAAACUGUCGGUGCAGGAUUCCUCGAUGGCGCGCCUGCAGGCCGGACUGCGGGCGUCCGAGGACGAGGCGUCGUCGCUCAGGGGCGCCGUGGCCCGGCUGGAGGACGACCUCCACUCGGCGGAGAUGGAGCGGCGGCGGCUCCACAACACCGUCCAGGAGCUCAAGGGCAACAUCAGGGUCUUUUGCAGAGUGCGCCCCCUGGUGGACGGAGGCCUCAGCGACCACAUCCAGCUGCCCGCCAACGACAACAAGGCCAUCACGCUGGCCAAAACAGAAGAGUCACACACAGGCAAAAGUGCCGACACCCAGAAGAACUACACCUUCAGUUUUGACCACGUCUUCGGUCCCAACGCGUCCCAGCAGGAAAUAUUCGAGGAGAUCUCCCUGCUGGUGCAGUCGGCGCUGGACGGCUACAACGUGUGCUGCUUCGCCUACGGCCAGACGGGCAGCGGCAAGACGUACACCAUGGAGGGGGCCCCCGGCGGGGGCCACUCGGGCCACGGCGUCAUUCCCAGAGCCGUGCAGCAGAUUUUCCGAGCUUCCCAGAAGCUCGCGGCGCAAGGCUGGGAGUUUUCCUUCACGGCCAGCUUCGUGGAGAUCUACAACGAGUGCCUGCGCGACCUGCUGUACGCGGGCAAGGCCGGCAAAAGGCCCGAACACGAGAUCCGCAAGUCCAGCAGCAACGGGGGGGUGACGGUCACCAACCUGACCUACCAGAAGGUCUCCGGCGAGGACCAGGUCCUGCGCCUGAUCGCCUUGGCCAACCAGAACCGCUCCACGGCCCAGACGUCCCAAAACGACCGCUCGUCUCGCUCUCAUUCCGUCUUCCAGCUGGACAUCGAGGGGCUCAACGCGGGCAGGGACGUCAGAUGCAAAUCCACCCUGUGCCUGGUGGACCUGGCCGGAAGCGAGCGCAUGCUGAAGAGUCAGUCCCAGGGCGAGCGCUUCAAAGAGAUGACGUCCAUCAACGGCUCGCUCUCCAACUUGGGCAUCGUCAUCACCGCGCUGGCCAACAAGGAGAACUUUAUUCCGUACCGGAACUCCAAGCUCACGUACCUGUUGCAGGGAUGCCUGGGCGGGAACAGCAAAACCCUGAUGUUCGUCAACAUUUCGCCCGAGCCGGACAGCUUCGGCGAAACGCUCAACUCGUUGCGAUUCGCUAGCAAGGUUAACGACUGCAUGAUCGGCACGGCCAGCGCCAACAGGAAAUAGACGGCGGGGCGCCGGCGUUACCAGGGCAACUGUUUUCUUUUAAACCAAUAAAUGCGCAUGUUCUUUUUGACCCUCGGCCAAGGUUUUGUGUUGGGCUGAUCGUUGGAUGAUUUUCACGUCAACAUUAUCACUUUUAUCUUUUUUUUUUUUAUGCGUAGUAGUCGAAUAUACCAACCAAAAGUAAAAAAUAUUCCCACAUCCAGAGAAAAUUUAAAUUAUGUUUUCAUUUUUACUGUGAUUUUUUUUUUUUUUUUAACAGCUACUUUUUUUUUUACUUUAGUAAUAAUAUUGUGGGCAUUAUCUUUCAGAGAAAUGUAACUGAUUAUUUUUGCCACGAUAUUAAAAUACAUCAUUGCUUCGUCUUAGCCUUUUCAUUGAAAUGGAUACGCGGAGAUGUACGGAUUAUGAUUCCAGAGCAAGGUGAGGGUUUCAAACAAGGUCGGGGUUCCAAAGUCGGGUUGCCGUGACGAGUGAACAAACGAAUUUGUCAUUGACAGUUUCCU